CUCCCUCCCUUCUGCCAAACUCCAAGGCCGGGCAACGUCGCCAUACGGAACAUCCUGCGCUCAGCGGAGAGGGGGAGGAGAGAAGGGUGCCUGAGCUGAGAGAGGGACGCACACUCUCACAGUGAGAGAGACGGGUCUGGCUUCUCUCCCGACUCCUAAAUUAUCGGCUCCGUGCACCAGAAAUUUGGACCAACGCGCCGAGGAGACGACUGGAGAGGAGGCCUUCUGUUGGUUUACCGGAGACUGGGACCAGCGGGAUUAAAGAGCCGGACCAGGAGGACUGAUGGUCGCGCAGAGGCUCUGAAGUUGGACAGACUACACCGAGACCACCCCUCCAGGAGCAAAAACAGCAGGAGCAGCAGCAGCCUUCGCGCUCUCUUCCUCCCCCUGUCCACCUCCCCGAACCCUCCCCUGGAAGGCAGCGGAGGCACCGGGAGGCUGUGCCCGCAGAUACACCUACCAUGAAGCUGCCUUGGCUGCUGGCGCUCACCGCGCUGCUCGCUCACGCCGCCACGGCGCAGACGUGGUCCAUCGAUGACGAAGGCUCGACGAGAGAAGGCUUCGACGAUGACGAGGACCUCUACUCGGGCUCUGGCUCUGGCUUCUACGGGAUCGCCAUGAGCCCGACAAAAUCUGGCGUGUCCUUCACCACAGAGGAGCCCCUGCUCCUCUCCACCACCCAGGCAACAAGCCCCGCCCCCUCAGCCUCACCUGCAGCCGAGCCCAGCCCCAGCCCAGACGACGUCGUCGCCGCCGUGCUUCCCACGGAGGCCGACGGAGAGAGCGGCAUCUACGUGGACAAGGAGCUGGAGGAGAGAGAAAGGGAAAGGCAGCAGCAGGAGAUAGAGAGACAGCUGGAAAGGGAGAGGGAAAGAGAGAGGAUCAAAGAGAUGGAAAGAGAGAACGAAAGGAAGAGGGAGCAGGAGAGAGAGAGGGAACGGGAGAGAGAACGGGAGAGGCAGAUAGAGCGGGAGCUGGAGAGGCAGAGGGAGCUGGAGAGGAUCCGGGCGGCUCAGACCACCGCUGCCCCCCGGUCGUCCGCCGUCUUCCCCACGUCGACCACCAGCCUGUGGACCAGCGCUGUGGAGAGCGCAAGUCCCUCCACUGGUUCAGACGAACAGCUCACCACGGAGGAGGAUGAUGUGUACCUCUCACCCGAGUCCACCUUGGACUACUUUGAAUCCACCACAGAGGACGAUGCGCCCACCACAGCAGAGACCACGCCCGAGCCUACAACACCUGCACCCACCACCACCACCACUACAGCCGCGACCACCGUCAAGACCAGAUUCCCCUUCAGGCCCAGGGUUCCAGCAUCGAAGACCACUCAGGGGGCCCCGACGGAAAGAACGACCCGCCCACAGCCGCCCACAACGACACAGGAGGGGAACAACGAGCUGGGCGCCGUAGGCCCGAGCGGGGAGUCGGAGAUCGGCGAGGAUCGGCGGAACAAUCUCGGCAGAGGCGUAAUGCCGGCGGACCCGGACUUCAGCGGGAACACGGUGGACGGUGGCAGCUCCGCCGCCCAGAUGCCGCAGAAGAACAUCCUGGAGAGGAAAGAGGUCCUAAUAGCUCUUCUGAUUGGUGGACUGCUGGCGGUGGUUUUUGCUGAUUUCCUGGUUGUCGCUGUGAUAGUGGGAGGCGUGGUGGGCGCCUUGUUCGCCGCCUUCCUGGUGAUGCUGCUGGUGUACAGGAUGAAGAAGAAGGACGAGGGCAGCUACACGCUGGAGGAGCCCAAACAGGCCACGGUCACCUACCAGAAACCCGACAAGCAGGAGGAGUUUUACGCAUAACACCUGGACGCCAGGGAGACGCACCUCACAUCGGGCGGGCGGGCGGGGGGGGCGAGAAAGAGUGAAAGAAGAGAGAAAAUACUCUAAAGCCCUCCCCCCCUUCCUCCUGCUUCUUCUUCUUCUUCUUCUUCUACUUCUACUACUACUAUUACUCGCCCCUUUCAUCUCCUCAUCCCGCUCCUCCCCUCUCGUCUCCAAAACAUCCGAGAGCGCCUUCUCUCUGGGGACUUUCUUUUCAAUGAAAAUGGAAAAAAUGAGGACAAAAAAACAAACAAACAAAAAAAAAAGUCCAAAUAUAUUCAGAAAGAAAUAACACGUACAACACCAGAUGUUUUUAAAGUAACUGUUGUUAUUAAUAUUCUGCAGAUUCUCUUGUUCUGUAUGUAACGAUAUCAUUAUUUUGUAAGAAAAACCGGGCUGGGGGAGAAACAAACAAAUAAAAAAAAAAACUCCCAAUCUGUGUUUUCCAGCACAAACAAAUAAAACAAAAAGUUCCUCUUCUGUUUUUACGGAGCAAAUUAAAGAGAGAGGAGAGGAGUGGGGGCGCUCAGAAGAGGAAGCCGCGACUUAACGGAGGGUGGGGGCGUGGCUCUACCCCUCAUUUUCCCUUCCCCCCGAAACAAGAAAAAGAAAAUCCCCUCACACCGAGCGUCUGGUUGGCCGCACAGAGUUCAGGGUCAAAAGUGAGAGGAAAGGUCUCUUUUGUGCCUUCCGUCCUGUUUUUCUUUUUUCAUUUUUUUAUUCGGUGCUCAAAUCUUCGCACGCUGACAUAAACACAGGCUUACGCACACGCACACGUCCGCACACAGACACCAGAGUCUGCUGAAGCUGGUUCUGACCUCUCGCUCUGCUCGGCCAACCAGAAAAUGUUUGGGUCCCGUCGAGCCGGUGGCCCUUCUGCUCCUCUGGGGCUGUACAAAGACUAGUUAUUGAUAGUAAUAAUAAUAAUAAUCAAUAAUAUAUCCACGUGUUGGAGCUGGAUGGUGAGGAAAUAUUACGAUAAUUAUAAUAAUAAAGCGGUAAUGAUAACAACGAUGAUGAUGAUAAUAAAAACCUAAACAGGAGGAUGUUGUAUUUAGCAUUUAAAAGAAAAUAAGUAUAUAUGUAAAUAUCAGCGUAUCCUUUCUGGCGUCACUAAUCAUCUGCAUGAUUUUUUUUGUCUGUCUUUUCUUCAUCAUCACACCCGUCGUCACCUUUUAGACGAGCUGUGCUCUUGUCGCGUGCACGCACACACUCUGCACACACAGAUAAAACUAGCUGCGCAUUAGAAACGGGCCACGCUGACUCCAAAUCGCAUCGUUUUUAACUCGUAUCGGAGCCGUUCGUUGUCGUCGUCUUCAGCGUGACAGAAAGAGGUCAGGUGGUGUCUCUGAUCAGUUUCCGAUCUUCUUUUUUUUUUUUGUUUUAGUUUUUUUGUCGAAGCACAAUUACGGCGCCUUGCAAAAAGUAUUCACACGCCCUGAUAUGACGGACGUCUUUUUACCUUUGGUCCAGAGCUCCUUCUUUUGCAUGUUUGCUGUGGACUUUCUUUCAUUAAUGUCCUUCUUUUUGACACCACUUUACCAUAAGAGCUCCACUAGUUGUUAUUUCGAUUCUCCCAAACUGAGCUGCGGCUUUACGUAGCUCCUCCAGAGUCACCACAAGGCUCUCUCGGCUCCUCUUUGCCCGGCCUGUCAGUUUCAGCGGACGGUUCCAACUUUUUGUCCGGCCACAGCGUAAAAAGCCCAACGUGAAAGUUUGUGGCAGCGACGUAAAACGUGCAAAAGUUCCUGGGGUACGAAUGUUUUUGCAAGGCACAGUAGUACAUGUACAGUCUUGGUGUCAUCCGGAAAGCAUCUGCCCUCUCAAGCCGUUUGCAUGCCUCAGCUUUCUUUUGUUCCCCCCCCCUCGACCACUGAUCGGCUCUCGGGUUGUGGACGGGAGGCGUUAAGAAGUCGCCCCCCCGUGUGCGCUUAUCGGGUCAGAAGUCAUAUUUGUCGGUAAAUUUUCGUUAAUGACAGCAAAGUGAUCAACCCCCCCCCCCCCCCCACCCCACCCUGGGACCAUUUUUUGAGGGGAACGCGGUCAGGGAUCAGUACUUCGAUCUAAGAGAUUGUAACAAUAACCACACACCAGUGCGUCUGGGCUAGUAGCUUCUCUUAUACUCAGUACUGUAGAUAAAAAAAAAAAAUGCAUGGGAGUCAAAACUAUACUUGUCUGGGUGUGCGUGUGGAUUCCUGUGUGUAUGUGUGUGUGUGUGUGUGUGUGUGUGUGUGUGUGUGUAUGUAUGUGUGUGUCUGCGCAUCAAAAACGUGACGAGGGGUGCAUUAGAGUUGGAAUGUACUGUGGUCGAGAGUGUGUUUACCUUCUCCAGCAGUUCUCACGCUCUUCCACAGACGGGUAGCACACCUCCUCCACUCCUGUGUGUGUUAAAUCACCUGCCGCCCCCUUCACCGCUCUGUGUGUGUGUGUGUGUGUGUGUGUGUGUGUGUGUGUGUGUGCCUCCAUCUCAUCUGAACCCACCACCUCGCCUGUAUGCGUGUGUCACCUUGGUAUUUCACAGCAGGCUCUUGUGUACACGACACUAGCCUGUCCCCCGUGUGUGUGUAUGUGUGUGUGUGUGUGUGUGGGCGUUUUGCAUGUGUCUCGUCUGCUCACUGCUGAAUGUGGGGCAACUCGGUCCUCAAAGUGGCUAUCACACACGCUGACCGUGUCUUCUCACCGUCUGUCUCGCCCCGUCCACCUGUCCGUCCGCCGUGGCGACGGGCGGCGAGACGAGGCGCCACUUUUAUCACAGGCAGGAAUGAUCCAAACACGUACUGUCUUUUCUAAAGUGACUGUCAAGAAGUUGUGCGUUUGUACCCAUCUAAGCCUGCGUAGCCAAAUAAUAUAAGUGUGUGUAUGCGGAGGACGAGAGGGUAUAUUUGUGUAUAUGUGAGUCUGGGUAUGGACGCGCGAGUGUCUGCGUGAAGAAGCCCAGCGGAGGCUACACUUCUCUCUGUUUGCUGUUCCCAUUCCUGUUUUUAUACAUUUGCAUUUUUUUAAGGCUGAGUUUUCUGUCAUUGGCUGAGUGAGCGAGAGGAGGCGGACCCUCCACGCCACCGCCCUGUCACUAAUCUGCCACUCUGUUCCAAA